AUGUCGUUCGCUGUUUCUAAUGCAUCUGGAGUAUUUAUGGAGUACAUGAAUCGUAUCUUUCAUACUUACUUAGAUCGUGUUGUUGUGGUAUUGAUUGAUGACAUUCUGAUCUAUUUUAAAUCAAAAGAAGAACAUGUUGAGCAUUUGCGAGUUGUAUUACAAGUGUUGAAGAAGAAGAAGAAGAAGCUUUAUGCUAAGUUUUCGAAGUGUGAAUUCUGGUUGAAAGAGGUUAUCUUGCUUGGUCAUGUUAUUUCAGGUGGUGGUAUUGUUGUGGAUCCAUCCAAGGUAGAUACAGUUCUACAAUGGGAGUCGGUGAUAAAGAUUAGAAGCUUUUGGAGCUUGGUUGGUUAUUACCGCAGGUUUAUUGAAGGUUUUUCCAAAUUGGCACUUUCGUUAACUCAAUUGACCUACAAAGGUAAAUCAUUUGUGUGGGACGUUCAUUGUGAGAACAUUUUCAUAGAGCUGAAGAAAAGGUUGACUGCAACUCCGAUUUUGAUUUUACUUGAACUGAAUGAAUAA